CUGACAAAAAUAAGAUUGCAUGCACAUUUGUGUGGUUGAUUAAAAUAACCAACUACAAGUUUUAGAAGCGAGUGAAGAAAUACCACUCGGCCAUUUCUCAAAUGUUCUUGGUAUUGCUGAACAGUCUGUUUCACAGCUGUUUGUGUAUCAAGUGCUGCAUAGCAACGGUAGAAUUGAACAUGUUUCUAAGGCUUCACUUUGAGAGUAACCUGAUAUUGCAGCAGUUCAAAAGAACAAUUUAAAGAACGCCCUUCAAUUACGGAGGCGGAGACAUUUUCGUCAGGUGCUUACAAAUGAAGAUACUGUCAACAAUUACUUCUUAAAUAGAAAAUCGUAUCACCAGACAAGCGCGAUUCUUUCUGUGCACUCACUGUUUAUAUGUUAACUUUCUUCACAUCCCAUUUUAUAUAUAUUUUUUGUGUUUUGUUGAAAUAUUAUAUUUCUAGGUUAUGCAAAAAAUAAUGUAUGGCAUACAUAGAUUCUCCCAGUGACCGGACUGAAAUGAAAUUAAUUAGAAUCUGUAAAGUAGAAUAGAAAAUUCAGAUAUCUGUUUUUGACUGCAAGAAUAAUUGUAGUAUCUGAUAUUCAUACAUCGGAACCGCUGUAAGAAUGAUCGGGAAUGCACCGAGAUUUAUAACUGGCUAAUGAAGGAAUGUCAGUUUUUUUCAUUUUUAUGUAUUUGUUUUAAAUACAUGCAUAUUAACCCAGAGCUUUUAAAUGCAGGACUCUGCAUAUGUUAAUUUUGAAAGAUUUCUCAAUCCAGCGUGGUCUGCAUAGUUACUCCCCACGGCGCUAACUUCAGAGGGACCGGGCCGCUUUCCGUUGCCCGUAGCAACGUCAUACUUAUUCAGAGGAAGAAAACAGAAGGAAGAGGAAGAGUUUAAGGACAGCUUUCUUCGCUACUGGGAUUACGUUCGGUCAAUAUUUACCUAAAGGCAACAGUAGCCGAUCGAUUGCACUUGAGCAAUACUACUGUACACACGUUUGCGCAGAAGCCGAAUCAGUUCUGCAUAAACCAAACUUCCUACAUAGAAAGCUGGACAUUAGAUCGUCCUUGACUGCAGUUUGGCGGCCUUUCACGGCAUAAAUAUACGUAGAAAAAAAAGCUCCUAAAUCUCUGAAGACCGUCAGAAGCUCUUUCCAUGCGAAUAUGUCAGCGACGGAGAUCUCCGCACGCCUCCCGGCUAUCCAGCACCCGCUGUCCAGGCUGGGGGACCCCGACUCCAUCUCGCUCCGAGGCGUCGCCGCGGACAGCGCCAGAGCCCCGCGGGAGACGGCGGGCGAAGGGGAGAGAGCCGAGGCGCUGUCCCGGAGCCAGAGCAGGAGCCUCCGGCCGAGACUCGAGAAGGGGCCGAGGCCGGAGAGGGACAGCCCCUUCCCCCUGCACCAGAUCCCCGAAGGGGUGGAGGUGGCAGCGGCUCCGGCUCCGGAGAGGCCCCGGCUGCCCGUCUUUGGGCUGCGAGCGGAGAUCGGGGGCCGAGCGGAGAGCCGGGGGAGCGCCUGCAGCAGCAGAGCCAGCACUGCCUCCCGCCCGGGGACCCAGCUGCAGGCUGAGGUGGACGAGCUGGAACAUCUCCUCCGUGAGAAACUGCGAGCCGGUGGGUAUUUCACCAUGAGGCAGCUCUUCAAGAACAAUGACCCUGAGGGCAAAGGACAGGUGAACAGGGAUGUCCUGCUCAUGAUAAUCACCAAGUUUCUGGGAAGAUUCAUAAGCACAAAACAGUACCAACAGCUGCUGUUAAGGCUGCAGCUGUCCCAGAAGGCCAUCGUGCGGUUCGAGGAGCUGCUCGGGGCGGUCCGAGAGCCGGCCGCCGACGGGGCGCCCGCCUGGCUCGGCCCGCUGCGCCGUCCCGGCGACGGAGGCCCGCUGACCGCCGCCCAGGUCCAGGCCCAGCUCCGGGGCAAGGCCGGACAGAGGUUUGCAGAUAUGGCCGAACAGCUGGUUCUGAAGAGCCCAGACGGGCCCGGCAGGAUUGUGGCCCCAAAACUGAGACACUUGCUGGAGGAGAUGGGGUUGCACAUGGAGGACGAGGAGUUCGAAAAGCUCUGGAAGAGCAGAUAUGACCAGGACGGAACUGGGGCCAUCAGAGUAGGUGCUCUACUCAAGAGGCUUGGGAUCGAUUUUGGAAAGGAUCCCUUGGAAAAUGUGGGCCGACAGUCAGCAGACUCUGUGAGCAUGGAAGACUCACAGAAGCAGUCCAGGAUGCUGUCCAAGGCAGAGGAGGAGCGCAAAGCCUCCAUCACCAUAGAGCAGUGGCUGAAGGACAAGUUCAGAGAAGGCUUCCAGAGGAUGAAGAGCGAAUUUGAAAGAUGCAGCCCCGGAAAGGAGAACAAGGUUCCACUGGACGAGUUUCUGCGUGUUUUGGCGAAAUUCGACUUGCACUUGAAGAAAGAGCACCUGAGUCUUUUCCUGGCUCGAUGUGGUCUGGAAGGCAGCAAGGCUGGGAUUGACUACAUCAAAUUCCUCGGGAGAUUUCAGGACCGCAGUGAGGAAGGAGUCACCCACAAACUGCUGUCCAACCCACAGCACAAAUUCAAUCGAGAGGAAAACAUCAGCCUGGCCUCAACAGUCACAGCGAUAGAGGCGAAACUUGCACACCUGUUUCAGUCUGAUUUCCUAGCUCUUUUAGACACAUUUCGAAAAAUUGACAAAUUUGACAGGAGAAUCAUAAGCCAACAGGAGUUCAGAGCUGCGAUUGAAAGCAGGUUCAGCAUGGAGAUCGACGAUGACGAGUUUGAGCAGCUGCUGGACAGGCUGCCCCUCGACGAAGAAGGGAAUGUCCAAUACCUCCAGUUCAUGGCCGCCUUCGACUCCCGCAAAGGAGCCCCGAGCCUCUUCGAAGCGAGUUCGGAAGCCGCGUGCGAGUCCGUGGAGGGCGUCCCCAAGGAAGCGAGCGGGCUCCGAAGUCUACAGGAGGGAAAAGCGGGACAGGAGUCUGGCAGGAGCGCAGGGCAGCUCUUCCGAAUGAUCAAAGUGCUUCUGAAUAAACAGUACCAGACAGUGGAGAAAGCAUUUGAGCAGCUGGAUGAAAAAAAUACGAAACGCCUGACCCAAGAGACCAUGUAUCAGCUCUUGAAACGAUUUGACAUCAACCCAGAGGUCAGCCGUGGGGAGAUCCGAAAACUUUGGGGAACUUUGAUUACGAACCAAGACAAAACACUCGAUUUCUUCGAGUUUGUGAGACAUUUUGGCUACUCUCCCAAAUCGGCCUGCUUUCCCAAUGCCAAGAUAAGUCCCCCAAAGAAGGGGGACGAUAAUUUCAGGCUCCGCUCCAAGAAGCUCAACUGCGCCUCCGACAUACUUGUUGAUAGUGUGCGCGCCAAGGUCGAAUUCCUGUUCGGCGACCUCCAGAAGGAGUUUGAGGACCUGGAUCCAUACCAAACCGGAUUUGUGAGCAAGGAGGAAUUUAAAGACAUCCUGACCGAGCUCUGUGCGCAUCUCAAUGAGUACGAGUGCGACAUCCUGGAAAAGAAAUUUGAAAUCCAUGGAGAUGGAAGGGUAUCUUACGUGGAGUUUCUGAAGCCGUUUGCGUUACAAAGGCAGAUGCAGAGACAUGGUGCCAGCAACAUGGCGGCAGUCUUGCACCACAUACCCAGACACGAGGCGGAGAUACCAGAGAACAAGGCCACGGGGCUGGGUACUCUGACCUCCAGGCUCAGGAACAAGCUCCAGGGCGAGAGCGGGAGCCUCCGCAGGGCCUUCAAGAAGCUGGACAGCGGCGGCAGUGGCUUCCUCUCCCUCGCAGAGUUCCGGUCGGUCCUCAAGCUCUGUAACCUCGUCCUGGACGAGGAGGAGGUCUACCACAUCCUGGCUAAGUUCGACGAGAACAUGAGCGGUCAGAUCGACUACAAGAGAUUCCUGAAGGAAACGGCCAAGAAGCAGGCGACAAAAACGGAGAAUGUUUAGUGCAAGAGCACAACUAAUGUCCCACUUCCAAUAAUCAUUCUUAAUGAUCUAACUGGU